UGGGGGGACGUGCGACGUCUGGCCUGCAGGGGGAGUAUGGGCAGGUUGGGAGCGCACCGGAUUGGCUGGGGGGGUUGGACCUGAGUGCGAGCAGGUGUCAGCACUCAGGCCAAUCAGGGAGUGUUUGUAUUUAUGUGCCUGCUUUGUGGUUAGUAGGAGGCAGACCGGGGAGCAGAGAGAGGUCCAACGCGUUCCCCACCAGAGAUCGCAGGUCGUGGAUCGCAGAACGCGAGGACUCUCCUGGACUUUAAUUUCAAUUUUAGUUUCAAGUCUCUCUCCCUUUGUUUUGUUACGCUUCCAAAUAAAGACGUGCCCAGUGAGGGAAGACGAACUGUGGCCUCCGUGCGCUCUCUGAUCCUGUUACAGUGAAGCCCAAUACGGGGCGGGCGCAGACAUGGACCAGUCACGGCUGGGAAGCGUGCUCGGGCAUCUGGCCCAGAUGGCGGAACGACAGGGCCAGCUCCAGCAUACCCAAAGCGAGGUGCUCACAGAGCUGGCCCAGUCCAUGGCGGCGGAUCGGGCCGUCCUACGGGAGCUCCUCGCCUCCGGGGGACGUGGCGAGGGACCCAGGGGAGCAGGACCCGUGGCCAACAUCCACGUCCCAAAGAUGGGGAAGGCGGACGAUGCGGAAGCCUUCCUGGAGACUUUUCAGGGGGUGGCCGAGGUCUCCGGGUGGCCUCAUCAGGAGUGGGCUCAUCGUCUCCUGCCGCUCCUGACGGAAGAGGCCCAGCUUGCGGACCACAGUCUGCCAGCCGGGGCCCAGCGGGACUAUGGGACCAUCACCAGGGCCAUCCGGGACCGGCUUGGCCUUUACCCGGAAGAACAUCGUCGCCGGUUCCGGACACUGGCGUUCACCGAGGGGGACCGUCCCUUCGCCUUUGCCCAGCAGCUGCGGGACCAGGCGAGGAGGUGGUUCGUUCCGGACCAGAACUCGGCAGAGGACGUGGUGGAGCAGGUGGCCCUGGAGAGGUUCGUUGAGGGGCUUCCGGCCAGGACCUCCGCCUGGACCCACCAACGGCCCAGCGACCACCAACACCGGUCCCACGCACCGGUGCAGCAGCCCUACGACGGGACAGGCCAAGCCCGGCGCUGAGGGCGAGAGGGGGGGUCCCCGUUACGGAGCGGGCACGUGAAUAUCCUCCCACCCCCACUCCACAGACGGGCGCUCAGACGGCAGGGGAGGGGUGCUGGAGGUGCGGGCGGCCUGGUCACUUCCGGCGGGAUUGCCCUCUAAUGGAGGUGGGCCAGGUCGUGGGCAUCACCGUUGCCCCGUCUCCUCCCCCCGGUUCCGGCGAGGAGUACCGUAUCCCGGUGAGGAUACAGCGGGGUACGCACCAGGCGCUGUUGGACUCAGGCUGCAUGCAGACCAUGAUCCACCAGCGUCUGGUGCGGUCCGAGGCAUUGGUGGAGGCAGACCGGGGAGCAGAGAGAGAGAGAGGUCCAACGCGUUUCCCACCAGAGAUCGCAGGUCGUGGAUCGCAGAACGCGAGGGCUCUCCUGGACGUUAAUUUCAAUUUUAGUUUCAAGUCUCUGUUUUGUUUUGUUACGCUUCCAAAUAAAGACGCGCCCAGUGAGGGAAGACGAA